AAAUUCUCCCAUUCUGGCAAAGUGGUGAAUCUAUGAAGGAAAAGAGGAAGAUGUUAUUAACCUUGGCCCCUUUAGCGGCUUUUCCUAAACGUCGGGGGCCCGGCAGCCGGGCUCUUGAUAAUUCUCCAGAGUCGUGUUUUUCGAGCUCAAUAUUUGGGACUGGUACUGCAAUAACAAAAUGGCUUCCGAGGAGAAGGAUGUUAAUGAGACUGUAUCGACAAAAAAUAGUGAGAUAAAUUCAUCAGAAGUGAAGGAAGAUGAUGAAGCUAGUGGUUCAUCGUCACAAGCAAACGAAACGUCUUCUACUGGGGUUAAUAAACGCGAAGAGCGCUUACGAAAGCUGAAAGAACUUCAUUUGAGAAGGAAUGAGGCUAGAAAAAUGAACUAUCAAGAGGUGGUUGAAGAAGAUAGAAGAAAGAAACUGCCAGCAAACUGGGAGGCAAAACAAAAGAGAGUUGAUUGGGAACUGCAAGACCAUAAAGCCAGAGCGGAAGCCGAAGCCAGAGGUGAAGAUUAUGAUCGUGUUAAACUGCUUGAAGUGACGGCAGAUGAUGCUGAGAAACUUGACAAGAGAAGAAAAAGAAAAAAGAAUGCUGAUGUUGGUUUCUCAGAUUAUGCUGCUGCCCAGGAAAGACAAUAUUCACGUCUUGUGAAACAAAUGAAACCAGAUCUUGCUGAAUAUGAAGCGAAAAAGGAACAGCUUGGAGAUCAGAUGUACCCAACAGCAAAUAAUAUCAGUUAUGGAGGAGAUGGGAAGGUUUCCAAAGAAGGUGUUGAUCGCAUGGUUGCUGAUCUUGAGAAACAGAUUGAGAAACGCUCAAAAUACAGCCGUCGCCGUGCUCAUUGUGACGAAGCAGACAUAAGUUUUAUCAACGAAAGAAACAUGAAUUUCAACAAGAAAUUAUCCCGUUUUUACGAUCAGUAUACAGGAGAGAUCAGACAGAAUUUGGAGCGUGGUACCGCUAUCUAAUACCGUGCUUUCAACGUACUUUCAGUCCUCUUUUCAACUUUACCAACAAGAUAUGAAUAAUACUGUAGCCUUGGGAAAAUUAUAAACUUUGAUGCAUGCUUGUAAAUAUAGAGAGAAUAGGAUUGCACCAACUUUAAAUGCUAUGUGAUGGGGUAUUUCUGAUCGAACUAGACUGUUUUGACAAUAGUCAAUGAUGGUCCGUGCGUUUUUUAAAUUUUUCUGAGGAUUAAGAUUCUAAAGAUUGUGCUUGGCAACAUUUUACAUUUAGAAGGAAAUGAAAGUAUUUCUCCUGAGAACCGUCAGCAUUUAUUAGUCUUCUGAGCGUAUUCUUAACAGCAAAAGCAUUCACUUUGAUGUUUUACCUCUGUAAUUGCUCAGGCAUUACAACAUUCAGAGAAAGUAAAAACUCUGUAAAACAAAGCUGAGAAAACGAAGCCUUGAAAGUUGAAACAAU